AUGCAGGGUAUUUACCGGUUAGAGUGCGGGAGGCGUGCCGUUAACGGAGAGCGAGAGCCCGCCCCGGGGCUGGACCGUAGCGCAGCCUUGCCUGGGGACGGGGCUGAGGGCAGCCAGGGGUCUUGGAUAGCCUUCGCCUCCCUCUUCUUCAUCCUGGUGUCCAUCACCACCUUCUGCCUGGAGACGCACGAGGCCUUCAACCCCAUCUACAACCGCUCCGAGAUCGACCCGGUGGACAACAGCACGCGCUACUACCAGGAGACCGAGACCGUGGCCUACCUCACCUACAUCGAGGGCGUGUGCGUGCUCUGGUUCACCUUCGAGUUCUUCGUCCGCGCCGUCUUCUGUCCGGACAAGCUCAAGUUCUUCCGCAACACGCUCAACAUCAUCGACUUCGUGGCCAUCCUGCCAUUCUACCUGGAGGUGGGCCUGAGCGGACUGUCGUCGAAGGCGGCCAAAGACGUGCUGGGGUUCCUGCGCGUGGUGCGUUUCGUGCGCAUCCUGCGUAUCUUCAAGCUGACGCGUCACUUCGUGGGGCUGCGCGUGCUCGGCCACACCCUCCGCGCCAGCACCAACGAGUUCCUCCUGCUCAUCAUCUUCCUGGCGCUGGGCGUGCUCAUCUUCGCCACCAUGAUCUACUACGCCGAGCGCAUCGGCGCCAAGCCCAACGACCCGCGCGCCAACGAGCACACGCACUUCCGCAACAUCCCCAUCGGCUUCUGGUGGGCGGUGGUCACCAUGACGACGCUGGGCUACGGCGACAUGUACCCGCAGACGUGGUCGGGCAUGCUGGUGGGCGCGCUGUGCGCCCUGGCGGGCGUGUUGACCAUCGCCAUGCCCGUGCCCGUCAUCGUCAACAACUUCGGCAUGUACUACUCGCUGGCCAUGGCCAAGCAGAAGCUGCCCAAGAAGAAGAACAAGCACAUCAAGCGGGCGCCGCAGCCCGGCUCGCCCGACUACUGCAAGUCGGCGCUCGACUCGCCGCGCCACAGCACGCAGAGCGACACCUGCCCGCUGGCGGCCGCCAAUCAGGACGAGCACGUGUCCGCCACUGCCACCGCGCCCACCGCUGCCACCGCCGCCACCACCGCCGCCACUGCCGCCGCUACCGCUGCCCACAACACCAACCGUGCAGAUCCGACUAAAUUGAACGGGGAGGCGGCCAAGGCAGCGCUGGCCAAUGAAGACUGCCCGCACAUAGACCAGGCCAUCUCACCUGAGGACGGCCAGGUGUUCAGCCCCUGCGACCGGGGCGGGGAACCCUGUUUCCUGCUCAACAUCGGCUCGCGGUCCGCCCACAUGGCCAACCGGGUCAGGAAGGGCGCCCUGGCGGUGAGGUCGGUGUCGGAGCCCGUGCCCACCUCCGUGGCACCGCAGGGCUACCCUCUGCUGCAGCUGGGCUGGGCCAACAGCCAAGAGGAUGGCCAUGCCACACUAACAACCUGA